AGGGAGGCCACAGGUGGUCCCCACAGGUGCGCAGGGCCACGGAGGUGAGGGGAGCACAGGCGGAGGGAAUGGGAAGGGGCUCCACGGCACCCUGUGACUGGCCGGCGGCGGAGGGUCCCUCCCACAUCUGCCUGACCUUGUCGGGGAAUCCAGGCAGAAACCAAGAAAGCAGGGCGGGACGACAGAGCAGGCUUGAGGAGAUGGCGUAGCUGCUGAAGCUGAAACCCUUUCCUCCAGUUCUGUGAGUUAUGGAGAAGUUCGAAACCUUCUGUGUCGCCUCGCGCUCAGGCCAGUCGCAGUGACUUCACCAGCACACUUUUCAGAACGUCUAAGCCACUGCUCACGGAGUAAGCAUCUAGAAUUGUGCAGCGUCAGGCAGACACUGUGCUCCAGUGGGUUGGACUCAUUUUGACAAGUAAUACUGCCAGCCUUGGCAGAUGGCUGGUGAACAGUACCUGACGGCCACAGAAGGCACUCACAUAGAGAGGCCCGAGAAUCAGUGUGUCUACAAAAUUGGCAUUUAUGGCUGGCGAAAGCGCUGUCUCUACUUGCUUGUUCUUCUUUUACUCAUCAUCCUCGUCGUGAAUCUUGCUCUUACAAUUUGGAUUCUUAAAGUGAUGUGGUUUUCUCCAACAGGAAUGGGUCACUUGCAUGUAACAAAAGAUGGACUUCGCCUGGAAGGAGAAUCAGAAUUUUUAUUCCCAUUGUACGCCAAAGAAAUACACUCCAGAGUGGACUCAUCUCUGCUCCUCCAGUCGACCCAGAAUGUGACUGUAAAUGCUCGCAACUCAGAUGGGGAGGUCACAGGCAGGUUGAAAGUGGGUCCCCAAAUGGUAGAAGUUCAGAGUCAGCAAUUUCAGAUCAACUCCAGAGAGGGCAAGUCCCUGUUUACGGUUGAUGAGGAGGAAGUUGUGGUCGGCACGGACAGACUUCGAGUAACUGGACCUGAAGGAGCUCUUUUUGAACACUCAGUGGAGACACCUCUGGUCACAGCUGAUCCAUUUCAAGACCUCAGGUUGGAAUCCCCCACACGGAGCCUAAGCAUGGAUGCCCCAAGGGGAGUUCAUAUAGAAGCUCAUGCUGGGGAAGUCGAGGCCCUUUCUCAGAUGGACAUCGUUCUCCAUAGUACCGACGGAACGCUUGUGCUCGAUGCUGAAACCGUGUGUCUGCCCAAGUUGCUGCAGGGAACUCAAGCCGCCUCCGGCAGCUCGCAGGGGCUCUAUGAAAUCUGCGUGUGUCCAGACGGGAAGCUGUAUCUGUCUGUGGCAGGCGCGGGCACCACAUGCCAGGAGCACAGUCACAUCUGUCUCUGACCGCCGCCAGCCUCUUCCAGAGCACCUGCCUGAUUCAGUGACCUGGGAGGUGUGGCCUCAAGCCCUCCCGCCUUGGGAGCCCCAUGAUGCCUUGGAGGACUGAGAGGGGGGUGGGACUCAGGAAGAGGGCGUGCCUUCCAGAGGGACUCAGAAAAAUGUCUCCGGGAGGGGAAGGUGUUUGGAUAAGACAGGGUCUCACUGGCACGUGGGUUGAAGAAGCAUUAAAACAAUGUGUGUAUUCCACUGGAUUUGUUAAUUUUCAUCAAAACAAUAGGCUCUUGGCCGGCGCCACGGCUCACUAGGCUAAUCCUCCUCCUGCGGCACCGGCACCCAGGGUUCUAGUCCCAGUUGGGGCGCCGGUUCGGUCCCGGUUGCUCCUCUUCCAGUCCAGCUCUCUGCUGUGGCCCAGGAAGGCAGUGGAGAAUGGCCCAAGUGCUUGGGCCCUGCACGCGCAUGGGAGACCAGGAGGAAGCACCUGGCUCCUGGCUUCAGAUCGGCUCAGCGCCAGCCAUAGCAGCCAUUUGGGGGGGUGAACCAACGGAAGGAAGGCCUUUCUCUCUGUCUCUCUCUCUCUAACUCUGCCUGUCCAAAAAGAAAGAAAAAAAGAAAGAAAACAAUAGGCUCUUUUCCUCACCUCCCUCCCCACAUUAGGUACGUGAACUGCUGUGAGGAAUGAAUUUACCAUAUUCAACUUUGGAUUUCUGACUCCCCAUAAAAGUAGCACUAGUCAGUAUUAGAUGCCCCCAAAGUUCUAUUCAGUGUUUCGUGUACAUCAUGCAAACCUCAAACUCUCCACUCAGUUGUUUUUUUUUUGUUUUUUUUUGUUUUUUUUUUGGUUUUUUUUUUUGACAGGCAGAGUGGACAGUGAGAGAGAGACAGAGAGAAAGGUCUUCCUUUGCCAUUGGUUCACCCUCCAAUGGCCGCCGCGGCCGGCGCACUGCGGCCGGCGCACCGCGCUGAUCCGAUGGCAGGAGCCAGGAGCCAGGUGCUUUUCCUGGUCUCCCAUGGGGUGCAGCGCCCAAGCACCUGGGCCAUCCUCCACUGCACCCCCUGGCCACAGCAGAGGGCUGGCCUGGAAGAGGGGCAACCGGGACAGAAUCCGGCGCCCCUACCGGGACUAGAACCCGGUGUGCUGGCGCCACUAGGCGGAGGAUUAGCCUAGUGAGCCGCGGCGCCGGCCUUCCACUCAGUUUGAUGCUGAGACUGUGCAAGAAAAAGGUUUGGAAGGGAUUGAGGUUGAUCUGACUUUCAAGAUGUAGUCAACAGAAUAAGUUACACAGAAUUGGCCGUGCUUUCUGUAUAUCAUCAGUGAGCAAUAAAAAUCAACCUACAUUUUUCAAGGA